AUGGCUCAUCGGUUCGCUGAGGUGGAUAAGUUGAGAGACAUGCUGCGCGUGAGCGCGGAAACCACUGAAGACCACCUGACGAACAUCAGCAGACAGGAUGUUUUGACGCGAAUUGAGAGAGUCAUUCAGACUUUGGUCACGAGUGUGUCUAAAGGCGAAGCACCUGUGCUAACUCUGAUAAAUAGAUCCAGCUGGGACAAUGUUAGGUUUCAGGAGUCUGUUGGCUUGGUACUAAAGCCAGAUGCAUCAGUGGUGACUCUUCGAUGUGACUGCCCUUCAUCAGCCACCAGAUUUUCACUGAUUCUGAAACUCUUGUCUGUAAUUUACAAACUCGUUCAGAGUGACUCGUAUGCCACCAAAAGGGAUAUAUAUUAUAAUGAUACACAGCUGUUCAGGUCACAGAAGACGGUGGAUUCCAUAGUAGACGACAUUUCGUGCAUGCUCGGGGUUCCCCGCAGAAGUCUGAACGUUCUUGCAACAUCCAAAGGCCUUAUCUCGGGUGAUCUGUGUUAUUUGGAGGAAGAUGGCACAAUGGUGGACUGCAGAUCAAGCACCACAGCUGUCCCUGUGUCUUCCAAUGUUAGUGGGAUCGGACACAUUGUCUCAUCAGCAAAAUUCAUCCUGAUAGUGGAAAAAGAUGCAACUUUCCAGAGGCUCCUGGAUGAUGACUUUUGUGCCAGACUGUUUCCAUGCAUUAUCAUUACUGGUAAAGGGAUUCCUGAUGUUAACAGCAGACUGAUGGUGAAGAAACUGUGGAAUACAUUACAAGUCCCAGUCUUCGCUCUGGUGGAUGCAGACCCGCAUGGCAUUGAAAUCAUGUGCAUCUACAAGUACGGCUCGGUGUCAAUGGCCUUUGAGGCUCGUAGCCUGACUGUCCCCAGUGUGCUGUGGUUGGGCCUCCUGCCUUCAGACAUCCAGAGGUAUAGGAUUCCAGAAAAGGCCGUUAUUCCAUUUUCUCAAGCAGAUGAGCGGAAAAUCAACAGCUUGUUGAACAGACCCUACAUUCCCUGCCAACCUGUGUGGGAGAGAGAGAUGAACACAAUGCAGAGACUGAAGCAGAAAGCUGAGAUACAGGCCCUGGCAUCUAUAGCCCCGCAUUUCCUCACGAGAGUCUACCUACCAAACAAACUGCGUCAUGGAGGCUGGAUAUGAGCUUAUGCUGCCAUCUACUGGAAUAACAUUUGUACUGCAGCUUCAGCACAACAAGUAUGCAGUAGGUUAUUGUUUUACAG